AUGGAAAACGUUCAGGUCCUCAGCAACGAUGUCAUUUACGACAUGCUCAUCAACCUCACCAAAGAUGAGGUGAUUACUUUUCAAAACAUCAUCGAGCAAACCUUUGAAGACUUCUCUGUCGGUGACGAACGCCUGUAUCAACCCAGUCCCAGCGCCACAUCUCGUCCAAAUGGGCAACGAACUCUCUUCCGACCCUUCACUUCGGACUCUAGCGUCGGCGUCAAGUUCGUUGUCGAGCCUGCCCCUAGGCCUGAUGGUACCAAGGAUCCCCUACAUGGUAUCAUUGUCAUAGCAGAUGCACAAGGCAACAUGACCGGCGUUCUCGGUGCUGAGGAAGUAACCGGCUAUCGAACAUCGAUAAAUGUCAUGGUGCCCUUCUCUUGGAGGAAACACGUCGACAACAUUGUCAUCUUUGGUGGUGGGAUGCAGGCUCUAUGGCAUACCCGUCUCAUCUUGACCCUGAGGGGAUCCGAGGUCAAGACUAUCACCUACGUCAAUCCAGUUAAGGACCAGGUUGAUGACCUCAUCAUCCAGAUCUCCAAAGAGAACGAGGCUCGUUGGAAGUCUAGCUGCUCCUUCCACUUCAUCAACACCACUUCUACAGACUUUCAGCAACAGAUCGAGACUCGCCUGUCCGACAUUGACUGUAUCUUCUGCACCACCCCCUCUAGGAAGCCUUUAUUCCCUGCUCGUUAUCUAACUCAGCAGAGGAAUGACGGCCGCCUGCCACUCAUCUCCGCCAUAGGUUCCUGGCAGUCCGACAUGAUCGAGUUGGAUCCCGGCCUGCUGCACCACGCUAUCUCCACCAACAGCGGGUAUAACCCUGUGAGCGGGGAAGCCAAGGGGGUUGUUCUUGUCGAUGACCGCGAUUAUGCCCUAGAGAACUCGGGAGAGGUCGUCCAAAGCAAGAUUGAUGCCGAUGACAUGGUCGAGCUCGGCCACAUCGUUGCUCUUAGGAAGGGAAAGGUUCAGCCUCUGAACGACACACAUGUUGAGGAUACAACCCGCUUCAUCUCGGAGGGUUUUGUAGUGUACAAGAGCAUUGGCGUGAGCCUUACAGAUCUAACGGCUGGCAAUGCCAUUCUGGCUCUCGCCCAAAAGAAGCAGCACCGUCUGUAG